CAGCCGAGCCUCAGUCCUCCAGCAGACCGGGACAGAGACGGACGGGACUACUCUCUCUCUCCCUUCCAUGUGUCACCUUUAAAUUAAAGAUAACAACAACCGACUGGAAACUCUUUUUUUAUUUUAUAUUCUUUUUUAAUUUAUUUAUCAUCUUUUUAACCUUUAAAACAAAUGACGCGAGAGAAGACGAGAAGAAGAAGAAGAAGAAGAAGCUCCCCAUCAGCUCUCUCCACCUUCUCCUCACUGCGCUCGUUCUCUGAGCUCUCAGCCGGCCGGAGAUGAAAAGCUGCAAAUGAGCCGACGAUGGCCGCCCAUCGAAUCAUCAGAGUGACGAACAACAAUCAUGUCCUCCCUCGCUGCAAGUCUGAGGGGACGCUCAUCGACCUCAGUGAAGGGGUCACCGGGGCCAGUCUCAGUGACGUUAAAGUGCCUUCUCCGAGUGCCUUGAGGCUGGACACUUCGUCUUCCUAUGGAGCUGCCCAGGAGGUGGUGGCCAUAAAGGAUUAUUGUCCGAGCAGCUUCACCACGCUGAAGUUCUCCAAAGGUGAGCGCCUGUAUGUGCUGGACACGUCAGGUGGAGAGUGGUGGUACGCUCACAACAACACAGAAAUGGGAUACAUCCCGGCCGCCUACGUCCAGCCAGUCAACUUCAGGAACUCUUCGCUUAGCGACAGCGGGAUGAUCGACAGCGUUGGCGAGGGAUAUGAGGACGGGUCGAAGGAGUUUGGAGGACUCGGGGAGUGGAUGGGGAUGAGCACAAAGCCCUCCUCGAUUUACAGCAACACCCCGUUCUCCGUGAACCCCUUCAUCUGUCCGUUAGAUCAAAACUACCGAGAUGUAAGCACGAGGAACUCAGCCGAUCUUAUUCUCUUUGACUCUCUGGCGUCACCGUCGUCUUGCUCUAACUUUACUACCAGUGCAACCAUGAGCAACGGGUUCAACAGCUGCCAUAUCAACACCACCAAUCAUCCCACCAGCCCCAGCCAAGAGGUUCCACCCAACUACCACAGGGACAAUCCAUUUUUCAGGAGUAAACGUUCUCAUAGUCUGUCAGAGCUGUCCGUCCUGCAGGCGCAGUCCAAUCCAACUUUACCUUCCUCUGGCUUCUUCACGGGACUUAAAGCUCCUUCACCGGAGCAGUUUCAGAGCAGGGAGGACUUCAGGACUGCUUGGUUGAACCACAGAAAGCUAGCCAGGUCUUGCCAUGACCUAGACUCCCUGGGUCAGAGUCCCGGAUGGGGUCAGACGCAGCCAGUGGAGACCAACAUAGUGUGCAGGCUGGACUGUAACGGAGGGGUGGUUCAGCUUCCCGACACCCACAUCAGCGUCCACAUCCCCGAGGGCCACGUCACCAACGGAGACCACCAACAGAUCUCCAUGAAAGCCUUACUGGACCCUCCUCUGGAGCUCAACACUGACCACUGCUCCAGCGUCAGCCCCGUGGUGGAGAUCAAGCUCAGCAACAUGGAGACCAAGUCCUUCAUCACGCUGGAGAUGAAGGUGUCCGUCACCGUGAAGAAAGAGAGUUGCCACACCGCUGAGCUGCUUUGUGUUCGGAGCGACUGCAAGGAAGGCCCUUACACGCCGAUCCCCAACGCUUAUAUAUACAAAGAUACAGUCCAGGUGCAGCUGGACAGUCUCGAGCCGUGCAUGUAUGUUGCUGUCGUGGCUCAAACGCAGUACAUCAGCAUCAAUACGACUGUUUGGGACCACGUGCAGAGGAAAGUAACUCUGGGCGUGUACGGACCUAAGCACAUUCACCCUUCUUUCAAGACAGUCGUGGCCAUGUUCGGUCAUGACUGCGCACCCAAAACCUUGUUGGUGAACGAGAUGGGCCGGCAAGCGACCACAACCCCACCGGUGGCGUUGCAGCUGUGGGGGAAGCACCAGUUUGUGCUGGGGUAUCCUCAGGACCUCCAGGUUGGGUUGUACUCCAACAUGUCCAACUACCAGGUGAAGUCGAGUGAGGGCACCGGGGUCGUUCGUGGCUUUCAGGUGAAACUGGGGAAGGUCAGCAGGCUCCUGUACAUGAUCACGUCGCUCAACCCCGGCAGCAUCUCGGACUUCACUCUCCGGGUCCAAGUCAAGGACGCCCUCGACUGUAUCCUCACCCAGUUCUGUGUCCAAACGCCACCACCACCGCCAAAAACCGGCGCAAGGAUUACAGGCCAGAGGAGGUUUCUGAAGAAGAAGGAGGUGGAUAAGAUCGUCCUCUCGCCGCUCGCCGUCACCUCCAAAUAUCCAAAGUUCCAGGACCGGUGCAUUACAAACCUGAAAUUCGGGAAGUUGAUCAAAACUGUGAUCAGGCAGCACAAGAGUACGUACCUGCUGGAGUACAAGAAGGGGGAUGUUAUUGCUUUGCUCAGCGAGGAGAAAAUCAAACUGCGAGGGCAGCUGCGAACCAAAGAGUGGUACAUUGGAUACUAUCAGGGGAAGAUGGGGCUUGUCCACGCCAAGAAUGUUUUGGUUCUGGGGAAGGUCAAGCCCGUUUACUGGUGUGGGCCGGACCUAACGACGACAAUGCUGCUGGAGCAGAUCCUGAAGCCUUGCAAAUUUCUCACGUACAUCUACGCCACCGUGAGGACGGUUUUAAUGGAGAACGUGGGGAACUGGAGGACAUUUGCGGAUGCGCUCGGGUACGGGAAUUUGCCGCUGAAUUACUUCUGCCGGACGGAGCUUGAGAACGAAGCGGAGAAGGUGGCGUCGGUUCUGGAGAAACUCAAAGAGGAGUGUACCAACAUGGAGAGCAAGGAGAGGAAGUCCUUCCAACGGGAGCUCAUGAUGGCGUUGCUGAAGAUGGACUGCCAGGGUCUGGUCGCCCGGCUGGUCCUGGACUUCGUCCUGUUGACCACGGCCGUGGAGGUGGCGUCCCGCUGGAGGGAGCUGGCUGAGAAGUUGGCCCGGGUGUCCAGGCAGCAGAUGGAGGCGUACGAGGCUCCGCACCGCGACAAGAACGGUCUGCUGGACAACGAGUCCAUGUGGAAACCAGCCUACGACUUCCUGCUGACGUGGGCCGCCCACGUGGGCGACAGCUACCGGGACGUGAUCCAGGAGCUCCACCUGGGCCUGGACAAGAUGAGGAACCCCAUCACCAAGAGGUGGAAGCACCUGACGGGCACGCUCAUCCUCGUCAACUGCCUGGACACGCUCCGCGGCGCCGCCUUCUGUCCCACCGGGUACGGAGACUUCGCCGUCUGAGAGCUGAUCGAGGGACUGAGGCCGAACCGGUGACGCUUUUCAGGAACAAGAUCUCGCGUUCGGAGUCUUGCUUUCGAACGGUUUCUUGCGCUGGAUGAGGAGUUAAAGUGAAACCAGAGGAUGUGUUUUUCCUGCUUUUCUGUCUGCAUCUCUUCUCUACCUCACCCUUUCUGUCUGGGCCUCUUUUCCAUUUCAGAUUUUCUUUCUUAUCGCUCCUUUCCAUCACCCUCAGGACAACAUCAGAGACCUCAGCCACUGCAGUGCACACACCUGGGACAUCUCCCCCCCCCCACGCCCCCGUCUUUAAAAUCAUUUUUCAUCGUUUUGUUUUUGUGAUCAUGUAUAGUCCACCAGCUCCAGUCUCGUUUCUCUCGGUUAAUGUGUGUGUGUGUGCUGAAUACGAUCUGAACGAGAGCCGCGUGACCAGUUUAUAUAUUUGUACCGAAAAACCGAGCGUUCGACGCACAGUCGUGAGUGAAAUCUGUUCAGAAAGUAUCAAUAAAAAACAGAAAUUUCAAAGAUA